UUUUCUGAUUUCCACAUCUAUAAAAAGCGACUACAUCCACGAUAUCUGUACAAGCUACUGAGCGAAGCGAAACAAGUUCUAGCCUCCAGACCCAAUAUACAGAGAGCCUCUACGUCAAUUUCAAAGCAGAUCACCGUUGUUGGAGACUUGCAUGGCCAGUUAGCUGACUUACAGACAAUUUUGCACAAGAAUGGCCUACCUGAUGUGACCAACCCGUACAUUUUUAACGGAGAUUUCGUGGAUCGAGGUCGAUGUUCCGUUGAAACGAUGGUGAUUAUCCUGACUUUAAUGCUGCUUCGACCGACUGCAGUGUACCUGAAUCGCGGGAACCAUGAAGAUUAUUAUGUGAAUUGCCAAUACGGUUUCGUUAAGGAAAUCCAGAAGAAAUACAAAGACUGUAGUUCGAAUCCGACCUCUGCCUCUCGACUUUCUCUGUCUAGUCUUGGGCAACCUGGCAAUAUCCCAGCCCUCGUGCAACCUUCGGGUGGCGUGGCAUUUUGGCACCGAAAGAGUGCUACAUUUGAACGAUUCCGAAUGGCGCUGAGCUACUGCCUCGUGCAACUUCGGUCUCAAGCUGGUCCGAUUGUGAAAUGUUUUACCGAUCUCUUCCGUUAUCUGCCACUUGCAACGAUUAUCAACGACAAAAUGUUGGUGACUCAUGGAGGCAUUUCGAGCGAGAUGGAUUUGACGGUUUUGAAAUCUUUGGAUCGUACAGCUGUCAACACCGAAGGGAAGCACUGGACUCGAGUUUCGCUCUUAUUAGAGCUCACCAGCAGUGCAUAUCCAAUGGCCGUGUCGAGAUUUGAACCUCGGACAUCGGACAUGCGAGGCAAGCGUGUAACCACUACGCACCACCAACGCACGUUGGACGCAUCUGAAUUAUCACGUCUGAACAGGCGAACGUGUUCACACUUGAGCGAUGUGAUUGGUGUGCCCGACUCAUCGAACGACGACCCAUUCGUCACACUUUUGAAACCAUUCAACAAGUCUGCUUUCGACAUCGAGGAAAAGAGACAGGACUUGUUAUGGAGUGAUCCUGUUGCUCAGAUGGGCACCCGACCCAAUGAGUUACGCGGCCUUGGAUGUUUUUUUGGCCCUGAUGUGUCAAAAGCCUUUCUUCAAAAAAUGAAUCUUCAACUCCUCAUCCGCUCUCACGAAUGCAGACCCGAAGGAUUUGAAUGGAUGCACGAAAACCGGGUUUUAACGAUAUUUUCAGCGUCAAACUACUAUACAGAAGGUUCAAAUAAGGGAGCCUACGCCAAGAUUUUAUCAGAUGGCACGGUCCACCCAGUUCAGUUUACGGUUUCGGGUGGCAGGAAGCAUAAAUCUAUGAGACAAAGGAUAAACUCGGCUGAGGAAGCAGCCCUCAUGGACUUGAAGAAGAAAAUUGUGGUGCACUCCGAUGAACUUUUGAAAGAGUUCCACGCUGCGGAUCCUGAUCGAACAGGUCAGAUUACCCUAUCAGCGUGGAUUACUGCCAUGCAAAAUGUCCUGGAACUGAAGCUUCCAUGGCGCACAUUACAACCCCGACUGACUGAUACGGCUAAAGAAAAACACAUGGUCCUCUAUGGAACGAUGUUCGAAAAAACAAAAGUUUCAAACUCCUUAACAAAGGCCCCAGCACCUCUGACUGAAGAACUGUACAAACAGCGGGAUACGCUGGAGGGCAUUUUUCGAGCAAUGGACAAAGAUGGUUCGGCUUGGCAGUUGGAUUGCAAACGUUUCGUCACCAAUCGUAGUUUGAUUGGUCUUCUAAGGGGAGGAAUUCACCCACUCAACCCCGCACUGACGAUGUCACCUCGAUUGGUAACGAAACGUUUGCAAUCCAACCGCCAAGCUCGGCGAACAGACCAACAACCAGAUAUCCCCGGUUCAUCUAUACUGACAUCGUUUGGGUGCCAUUCCUUGCAUGGUCACCAGCCAAGCACAGGCGGGGUCACCGGGAUCCCAGCCUGGAAGGCGUACAGCACCAACAAUACCCAAACUCUCUGUGAUCUCUUUCACGCCUUCGCAUCAAGUCAUGGCUUAUUCCCUCGAGUUUACACCAAGUGCUUAGAUAGCACGACUGAUAAUUGUGAACCCCCAGUUUGGCGCGUUGGUGAUGUAAAGCUGCUAUUUCCGUUAAUUCUACAGGCUUAUUCCCUCGAGUUUACACCAAGUCACAUAUCACUUGCCGAAUUCCAAGCGGCCUGUUUACGAUUACCCAAUCGGGCGCAUAUCGACGAAAAGAGUAUUUCGGAUAUGGCGCGCUCCAUUGAUUUGAACAAAGAUGGUGAAAUCGAUUUCAAUGAAUUCCUCGAAGCUUUCAGAUUAGCUGAGCUCGAAGUAGGCAAACGAGAACAAGAUUCUGAGGAUGUUUACUUUGAAGAU